GGGCGCUCUCGCGAAGGGUGGGAGGGAACGCGCAGGUUCUCGCGAGAGUUGGCGGCGGGAUGGGAGCGCCGAGAUGCCCCGUCACUGCUCCGCCGCUGGAUGUUGCACCCGCGACACUCGGGAGACCCGCAACCGAGGCAUCUCCUUCCACCGGUUGCCCAAGAAGGACAACCCGCGGCGGGCGCUGUGGCUGGAGAACAGUCGGCGCCGCGACGCCAGCGGCGAGGGGCGCUGGGACCCGGCCUCGAAAUACAUCUACUUCUGCUCCCAGCACUUUGAGAAGAGCUGCUUCGAGAUAGUCGGCUUCAGUGGUUACCACCGACUCAAGGAAGGCGCCGUACCCACCGUCUUCGAGUCGGCCACCCCCAGACCCCCCCGGGCCACCAAACUGAAGCCCCCCCCGCCCGACAGUGACCCCCCGAAGCCACCUCGGGCCACCAAGAGGUGGAGACGAGACCCCCCCGCAUCCCCCCCGGACCCCCCAUUCCCCGACGUCUCCUGCUUCCCCGGUGAAACCGAAGACCCCGCCGCCCCCCCUGCCGGCGACCACGGCGGCGUCCCCGCCCUCCCCGGUCCCUCCGGCGCCCGCGGGCCGGUCCCGGAUGGCCUUUUGUCACCCGUAGGCGACGAGGACAACACCCCCACCCCCUGCGCGGCGCCGGCGCGGCCGGCGUCGCCGUCGCUGUACAUGCUGCGGUUGCCGCCGCCGGCGGGCGCGUACAUCCAGAACGAGCACAGCUACCAGGUGGGCAGCGCGUUGCUCUGGAAGCGCCGCGCCGAGGCGGCGCUGGACGCGCUGGACAAAGCGCAGCGGCAGCUCCAGGCCUGUAAGAGGCGCGAGCAGCGCCUGCGCCUGCGCGUCCUCGAGCUGCAGCGCGAGCGCCGGGGGGGCGCCGAGUACCGUAGGGUUACCAGCAAGUCACCGUGUGUCGCCACCGAGCCCCCGUGUGUCCCCGUUGAACCCCCAUGUGUCCCCACUGAACCCCCGUGUGUCCCCACUGGACCCCCGUGUGUCACUGGGGAGCCCCGGGGUGUCCCCACCAAGCCCUUCAGUGUCCCCACUGAACCCCCAUGUGUCCCCACUGAGCCCCCAUGUGUUAUUGGGGGACCCCCGUGUGUCCCCACUGAACCCCCGUGUGUCCCCGUUGAACCCCCAUGUGUCCCCACUGGACCCCCGUGUGUCACUGGGGAGCCCCGGGGUGUCCCCACCAAGCCCUUCAGUGUCCCCACUGAACCCCCAUGUGUCCCCACUGAGCCCCCAUGUGUUAUUGGGGGACUCCGAUGUGUCCCCACUGAACCCCCGUGUAUCCCCACUGGACCCCCGUGUGUCACUGGGGAGCCCCCAUGUGUCCCCACCGAGCCCCCAUGUGUCCCCACUGAGCCCCCAUGUGUCACUGGGGAGCCCCGGGGUGUCCCCACUGAGCCCCCAUGUGUCCCCACUGAGCCCCUAUGUGUCCCCACCAAACCCCGAUGUGUCACUGGGGAGCCCCCAUGUGUCCCCACCGAGCCCCCGUGUGUCCCCACUGAACCCCCGUGUGUCACUGGUGGGCCCUGGGGUGUCCCCGCUGAACCCCCAUGUGUCCCCACUGAAUCCCCAUAUGUCACUGGGGAGCUCUGGUGUGUCCCCAGUGAAUCCCCAUGUGUCACUGGUGAACCCCGGGGUGUCCCCAAGGAGCCCCCGUGUGUCCCCACCGAUCCCCAUAGUGUCCCCACUGAACCCCCAUAUGUCCCUGGAGACCCCCGGGGUGUCCCCACUGAACCCCCAUAUGUCCCUGGAGACCCCCGGGGUGUCCCCACCGAACCCCCAUGUGUCCCUGGAGACCCCCGGGGUGUCCCCACCGAACCCCCAUGUGGCCCUGGAGACCCCCAGGGUGUCCCCACCGAACCCCCAUGUGUCCCCACUGAACCCCCGUGUGUCCCCAUCAAUCCCUGGGGUGUCCCCAAGGAGCCCCCAUACGUCCCCAGCGCUCCCCAUAGCGUCCCCACAGAGCCCCCGUUACCGGGGGACCCCCAGCCGCCCGGUACCACCGGCGAGUGUCACUGUCCCGCUACCAUCGGCGAGUGUCACCGCCCCCCUAUCACCGGCGAGUGUCACCCUCCCAGUACCACAGGCGAGUGCCCCCGUCCCACUACCACGGGCGAGUGUCACCGUCCCGCUACCACCGGCGAGUGUCACCGUCCCGCUAUCAUGGACGAGUGUCACCGUGCCAUAACCAGCCGCGAGUGUCACUGUCCUGCUACCACCGGCGAGUGUCACCGUCCCGGUACCAUCGGUGAGUGUCACCCUCCUGCUACCACCGGCGAGUGUCACCCUCCCACUACCACGAGCGAGUGUCACCGUCCCGCUACCAUGGACGAGUGUCACCGUCCCAUAACCAGCCGCGAGUGUCACUGUCCCACUACCACCGGCGAGUGUCACCGUCCCGGUACCAUCGGUGAGUGUCACCCUCCCGAUACCACGGGCGAGUGUCACCAUCCCAUAACCAGCCACGAGUGUCACCGUCCCGCUACCACCGGCGAGUGUCACCGUCCCGGUACCACCGGCGAGUGUCACCGUCCCGGUACCACCGGCGAGUGUCACCGUCCCCCAAAGCUUUGUAAAUAAAGAAUGUCACCUUUUCUAGGAAAA